AUUUUCUUCUUUAUUUUCAAUCAUAAUGGAGAACCAAUUCAUUUCUUUUCCGAUGCUUUUAAGUUCCAUAAUUUUCAUCUUUAUGAUCCUCAAAAAUUUCAAAAAAUCAAAGUCCAAAAUUCAACAUCCUCCAGGACCAACAAAGCUUCCUAUAAUAGGAAACUUGCACCAACUUCUCGGCUCUCUACCGCACCAUCGCUUAAGAGAUUUAUCCGAUAAAUAUGGCAGCAUCAUGAAGCUUAAUUUCGGGGAAGUUCCGAAAAUCGUAAUUUCAUCUCCCGAAACUGCGAAACAAGUGCUGAAAACUCAUGAUAUCUCCUUUGCUCAACGACCUUUUCAGUUCGCGGCUAGUAUACUAAUGUAUAACUUUAGUGAUAUUCUAUUCGCUCCGUAUUCAGAUUACUGGAGACAGAUGAAAAAGAUUUGCGUGCUCGAAUUACUGAGCGCGAAACGCGUACAGUCUUUCAGAUCAAUUAGGGAAGAAGAAGUAUCGAAUUUAAUAAACACGAUUUCUUCAUUUUCUGGGGAGUCAUUUAACUUCAGCAGGAAGUUAUAUUCUUUAACCUACGGCGUUGCUGGUCGAGCUUCGUUCGGAAAAAAAUGCAAAGAUCAAGAGGAUUUUAUACGACUCGCUGAAGAAAUAACACAAGUUGCCGGAGGGUUUAAUCUUGUUGAUCUAUAUCCUUCUGUUAAAAUUCUCCGUUCGAUUAGCGGAAUGGAGUCUAAGCUUUUGAGGCUGAGGGAGAGAGGAGACAAGAUACUAGGAAACAUCAUUGAUGAUCACAGAGUUGGGAGCGAGACUGAGCAGGAACGUGAAGAAAAAGAUCUUGUUGAUGUUCUUUUGAGGCUUCAGAAACAAGGAGGUCUUCAGUUUCCGUUGACAACAGAUAAUAUCAAAGCAGUAAUCAUGGACAUAUUCAUUGGUGGUAGUGAGACAUCAUCAACAACAGUAGAAUGGACAAUGUCCGAAAUGCUGAGAAAUCCGAAAGUGAUGAAGAAAGCACAAGAUGAGGUAAGAAAGGUGAUCGGCGGAAAAGGAAAUGUGGACGAAACAGAUCUUCAUGAACUGCACUAUUUAAAAUUAGCCAUCAAAGAAACUCUGCGACUACACCCUCCGUCCCCUUUACGUACUAGAGAAUGUAGAGAAAAAUGUGAAAUUAACGGAUAUGACAUUCCGGCUAAAUCUAAAAUCAUCAUUAAUGCAUGGGCUAUGGGACGGGAUCCGAAUUACUGGACCGACGCCGAGACAUUUUAUCCAGAGAGAUUUCUUGAUAGCUCGAUUGAUUACAAAGGAAAUAACUUUGAGUUUAUACCAUUCGGUGCUGGAAGAAGGAUUUGCCCUGGAAUUUCAUUUGGCAUGGCUAAUGUUGAGCUUCCACUUGCACAAUUUCUUUACCAUUUUGAUUGGAAACUUACUGAUGGAUUGAAACCAGAAACUUUGGAUAUGACUGAGGCUUUUGGGGCUACUGUUAGAAGGAAAAAUGAUCUUCAUUUGAUUGCAAUUCCUCACCAUUCUUACACUGCAGUUUAAAAUCAGGAAAAAUCAUCAUUGAUUGAUACGUGUUGCUAGCUUAUUUGUUGAAAGUAAUUUUUUGAAAUUAUAUUUUAUUUAGAAAUUUUAUGUUUCUUUCAAA